UUACUGAUACAAGUGCAUGAACGCGACGCGGCGCGAGCGUCGAUCGAGUCGGUGUAGUCAGUCAUCGCUGAGAAGUACGCUAGUAGCUAGUCGAAACACGCAAGUUAGUGUAGCAUAGGAGCGUGCAGCGUACGGUACUCCGCAUACCGGCAAAACACACACAGAACCGAAAUACAAACGAAACUCGAAGCAGGAAAACCAAGGAGUGGUUUGGGAAUUCCUGCGCAUUCCGGCGACAACUCAUCCACCAACAAGUGGUUGCUCCAAGAAACACGAAAAAAACUAAACUAAAGUGCCUUAAGUUGUACUUAAACAUUUAAAUAUUAAAAGUAUAUAAUUAUAUACAGAGACUUAAUAUUAAAACAUUAUAUGCCGGUCGAUUAAUAAAAAUAAGGUGAUUUAUUGAUUAAUAUACUUUUAAAAGUUGUUGGGAAAGUUUGCACACGCCUGCAGAGGAACUCUUUAAAUAUCGCCAACCCGGAUUGAUUCAUCGAUAACAAAUCCCCCGGCGUUCAUCAUGGAGACGAUGGAGUAUUCCGUGGAUAAAUUGUACGACAUUCACGCUGAGUUUUGGGACGCCACUUUAGAUCCGUCUGAACUGUCCGAAUGGAAUUUGUUCGAGAAGGAGUUGCCGAACUCAGAAGUCAUCCUGCAGGAUAGACUAAUGUCAGACACUGUCCUUGAACCACGUCCCAUCAAAUCUGAACAUUCGUACAGCCUAGCGUCUGAUGGUGAUUCUUUGCCAGACUCACCAAUUUCAAGCAACACAAAAAUUGAUGACAUGGAAGAUGAAUGUUACCCUGCAAUAUCAAUGAAUACCGCAUGCGGAGUACGCCUUGGCGAUGAGAUUGACAUUAAAGAUGAGCCAUACAGCGAAACAGACAGUAUGCAUUCUUCUUGCCCAUCAUCCCCGCAACACGAGAGCUACCAGACGUAUGAAAGCCAUUUAGACGUUAAGCCCCAGAUGGGCGACGAAUUCUUCAACACCUCCUUUCUUACCAACGAUAGUAGCGACACCAAGAGUGUGCUCAAGAGUACGGCUUGUAAUGUGAUGCUCACGGCGACCAACAACAUCUUCACCAGCCAGCAACACAUUCAGCUUGCUCCUAAGUUGAGUAUCAAAGUUGACGGUAAUGCGUUCCACCUGCCACCUACCCCGCCAUCUUGCUCCAGCAGCGAAGAGAGCGAAGAUAACCUCACUACCAUCUCUCAACCUGCUUCUCCAGGAGGUGGUUUGCUUGUGCGAACGAAGGGCACAACAGCCGCGAGGGUUUUAUUAGCGCAUCAUGGCUCUUCAACAAGGCAGCCCAUUCACACGCCUUUGAUUAGUACUCAACCAAAGGGCUCCACCGGUUCUUUAACACUCACAGAAGAAGAGAAACGUACGCUUAUUGCGGAGGGUUAUCCAGUUCCCACAAGGCUGCCAUUGACGAAAGCCGAGGAGAAAUCAUUAAAGAAAAUUAGGAGAAAAAUUAAAAACAAGAUUUCGGCGCAGGAAAGCAGACGAAAAAAGAAAGAAUAUAUGGAUCAGUUGGAACGCAAAGUCGAGGUGCUCGUCAGUGAGAACACCGAUUAUCGCAAGCAGAUCCGCACUUUGGAGGGCAGUAACACGAACCUGCUUGGUCAGCUCGCCAAGCUGCAGGCGAUUGUUGCACGCACGCAUCCGCAUCUCGUCAAGAAGAACAAACUCUCCGACCACUAAAUUCGAAAAAUUUUCAAAAUCGCACCGGAGCGUUACUCGCAAACGAUCGGAAUGCAAUCAAUUGAAGCAUAGUACAAAUGUGUCCAUCUAAAAACAAGUGUCGCACGCUCGACUUGUCUUCCUCAAAUAGCUUAAACUAGCUUAACGAUUAAUUAUAUUUAAUUAACUCUAAAGAUGAGCGAGUACUCGAGUCAUAUUUUACUACUGAUACUGAGAGGCACCAACUAAUACAUUCCGUCGAAUAUAAUCGAUAGGCUAUAAUCAUAUUGUAUGUAAAUUAAUUUUAUUAAUCGCGAUAUGCAAACAGGGCUAAUUAAUAUUUAUACAUUUAUUUAGUUCAUUCUUCGAUAAACGUGCGUCUUAAUCAUAGUAUAACCAAAGUUAAGGAAGAAACAACAUUUUUUAUGUACAUUUGUUAUUAUUUUCUAAUGAAACGAAAGCGCCGCUGUGCAGCGUGAAGAAAAUUGAAAAACAGAUUCUAAAGCGAGUUAAAGGUACUUAAAAAUCAAACAUUUUUAUAUAAAAACAAAAAUAUUUAUAAAGAUGCCAAACUUUAGUCUAGAAGGAUAUUUUUGCACCAAUUCAAGUAUGUUAAAGCUAGUUAACUAGGAUAUUACAUUCAAUUAAUAUUGGGAAUGUCAAUUUAUAAGUUUGAUUCAGGGGUAGUUAGCACAUAACCUUAAAUUAAAUUUUAACGCAAGUGUAGAAACGAGGAGUUUCUGCCGUCCAGUAUUAACGUCGAACUUGAUCUAUCAUGUCUUGAAUCAUUGAACUUUUGUAAAUACUUGUGAAAUUUUAUUUGUAUAAACAUUUAUUGUGCUUUUGGUCGAACUGCAAAUAACGUGCAAUGUUUCAUUCAAGAAUGCCACCGAGGUUUAAUUUUAUGUUUUAAUGGCAAUUGUGUUAUGAUUUUUAUAAAAUUGCGCUCAAUCGAUACGUGUUUGAUCGCGUAAAUUAAUUAAUGAUUAGAAUUUACUGAUUGUUAGUAUAUUUAUGAUAUACAUAAUUAUGUUUAGGAUUAAUUACGAUUUAUUGCAAAAUUCAAAAUGCUUGUACAUUUUUGAUAGAUGUAGGGCAAACUAAUAGUUUAUAGUUGUUAUUCUUUGGUUUUUUGUCAUUUAGAUCACAAAUUUAUAAUUUAUAACUUUUGCAAAUGCGUGAGACUACUAGUUGUGUAUAUUAUAAGUCCAAGAAUCGUUUGGUUUAUAUAUGUAUUGUUUUAAAAUGAUAUAAUUAAUUAGGAGUAGAUGUAGCUCUUAAGUUAAUGACUAAGCUUGUGCAAUCAAUCACUGUUUAUUAGAUAGAUUUUGAGAUUCAGACCAAGCAUGAGAAUUUAUAAGCUGUUGUUCGGUUUUCAAAUAAUUAUUACUUGUUUUUUACAUAAAAUAUAUACGAUGAACGAUGCAUAACUGUAUUGUAAUAUGGAUAGUGUCGUCAGUUUUGUAAAGCGUGGAAUAUACGAUAAUUGCAAAGGAAGGAAACGUUUAAAAUGAUAUACAUUCACAAAAUGCCAAAUAAAUAUGAAAAUAUAACAUAA